CGACGAUGUGAACACACAAAUUUUUGUUUGAUCACUGAACAUGUGACAUGACUUACAAAGACAAGAAUUCUCGCAUAUUAUACCAAAGGCCAGAAUUGCUAGAAAGAAUUCCAUAACUAGUGAUCACGAUACCCAGAUUCAUCCACCCCACUUGGUCCAGAGCUCAAACACAUGUCAGCCUCAGAAAGCAUGAGAGGAGGGAGGGAAAACCAAAAAGCAACAGAGACACCUUCUCCCACGCUCCAGUAUAAAUGAAGGCCAUUAUCUUCCAUGUUCGUGGUCCUUACUCCUUCACCAUACUUACUUUGCCUUAAUUUCUCCUUCUCCAGUUUUCCAGUCACCUAUUGGUUCAUUUCCUUCAAAUUCCCCUUCUCUUUCACUCUCUCUCUCUCCCUUUCCGUCAGCCAAAAAAAGCUGCAUCGUUGUUCAUUGCAAUCAUCCCACUCUGCCAUUUACAGAUGGAGAUGAAAGCUCGGGUUCUUUUCGCCAUCUGGGUAGCAAUGGCGAUUUCUCUUCACAAUGCGAGCAUUUCUCAAGGCAGACAUACUUUCCACAAGCCGAGGAAAGGGAAACAUACAGGGACAGUGACGUCAUCCCCUGUUUCUCCUCCUCCUGCUUCCCCUGUUCCUUCUCCAGAAAGUGGUGGUAGCAGCAGCCCUGCCCCGUCGGUUCGGUCCGACCCGUACCCGAGCCCCGAUUCGGACUGCGUGUUCGACGUCCGGUCAUACGGCGCCGUAGGAGACGGGGAGACGGACGAUACGGCGGCGUUUAGGGCGGCGUGGAAGGAGGCUUGCGCCGUGGAGUCGGCCACCGUUCUGGCUCCGUCCGGUUACAGCUUCAUGAUCACUUCCUCCAUCUUCUAUGGGCCUUGCAAGCCCGGCCUGGUUCUUCAGGUGGACGGGUGCCUGAUGCCGCCGGAUGGGCCCGAUUCGUGGCCCGACGGCGACAGCAAGCAGCAGUGGCUGGUGUUUUAUCGGCUCACUGAUAUGAAAAUCACGGGGGAAGGGACCAUUGAAGGCAACGGCGAUAAGUGGUGGGAUCUCCCCUGCAAGCCUCACCGGGGUACGGAUGGGAUUGGAUCAGGAUCAUCAGGAUCAUGUGAGAGCCCUGCUUUAAUCAGGUUCUUCAUGAGCUCAAACUUGGUGGUGAGUGGGCUGAGGAUCCAGAACAGCCCACAGGUCCACAUGAAGUUCGAUGGCUGCCAGGGUGUGCUGAUAGAGAAGCUGUCCAUUUCUUCGCCCAAGCUCAGCCCAAACACAGACGGAAUCCACAUUGAGAACACGAAAGACGUUGGCAUUUACAACUCCAUGAUCAGCAACGGGGAUGAUUGCAUAUCAAUUGGGUCCGGGUGCUCGAAUGUCGAUAUUGAGGGCCUAACUUGUGGGCCAAGUCACGGGAUCAGUAUCGGGAGCCUAGGAGUGCACAACUCCAAAGCAUGUGUGUACAACAUAACGGCCCGAAACCUGGUGAUCCGCGAGUCAGACAACGGGGUCCGGAUCAAGACGUGGCAGGGUGGUUCGGGGUCCGUCUCCAACAUCCACUUCGAGAACAUCCAGAUGGAGAACGUUCGGAACUGUAUGAUGAUCGACCAGUACUACUGCAACGCCAAGUCAUGCUCCAACCAGACCUCUGCAGUCUACAUCAACGACAUCUCCUUUCGCAACAUUAAGGGCACCUACGAUGUCCGCAACGCCCCCGUGCGCUUCGCCUGCAGCGACGCCGUCGCAUGCACCAACAUCACGCUGUCUGAGGUGGAGCUCCUCCCCCACGAGGGCGAGCUCCUCGACGACCCAUUCUGCUGGAACGCUUACGGGGUCGAGGAGACCGUCACCAUCCCUCCUGUUGACUGUCUGAACGACGGGGAGCCUCAGAAUGUUGGGGAGCUCGGUAACUAUGCUUGCUCGUGACGCCUGCCUGACUGAGAGUGAAUGUGGUUCGAUCGAGUUGUUCGCGAUGAGUACUGAUGACACGAGUCGAGUCAACACAAGUCUGAUCGAGUGGUGGUGUUAGUUUCGAGUUUCGAUAUAUUAUAUGAUAUAUGAAUAGGAUAGGGGGGCAUAUAGUAGAAACUAGAAUUGUAGAGGUUGGGGUUUAGGUGGUGUCGUAUAUGUAGAGGAGAGGACACUUCCAGGGCUAUUAUAUGGCCAUUAUUGAUGUGCUAUUGUGGGGUUGGAGGGGACUUGUCACUACUCACUAGCUAUAGUAGUUAUUAGCUUCCAUCAUCAUCCCUAUUUGGGGCUAUUUCUUAUGAU